AUGGCGAUGCCCCCACCCACCGGCGGCACCUGGGACUGCCAUGUUCACUGUUUUGAGCCCGACAGAUUCCCCUUCAAGACACGGCGGGCCUACACGCCGCGACGCGCACCCCUCGACGUGCUUCUCCAGCAGCUGCUCACCACCAAUGUCAUGAUUGUCCAGGCGUCGAUUGAGGCGUCGUGGCAUGGCCUGUUGGCGAGCCUCGAAGACUGCGGCAAACGUCCGAAGCUCUUGUCGGGCCUGGUCCGCGGCACCAUCCUCGCCGACGCCAGCACGCCGCUUUCGGGCUUGACCCAUGGCCAGAUGGAGCGCAUGCAUCUCCUGGGCGUCCGAUGCAUCCGGCUCCACGGCGUCUAUGGAGGCUCCGGCCACGACCCCGCGUGGGCCCAGGGCCAAAUCACAGCGCUGGCCGAGCACCUGAGGCCAAUAGACUCUAAUGGAAUAAUAAUAAUAAUAAUGAGGCCAGUGCAAAGCCUGGGGUGGUCCGUCUCGGCUCAGCUGCCACUGGCGACAUGGGCGCAGCUCAAGCAUUUCAUCCUGACCGACAAGCACCUGGCUGGCCUUAGCAUUGUCGCCGAUCACAUUGCUUGUGUCGCUCCAUCCGACUACGGCUCCGACGCAUUGCACGACCUGGUAGAGCUGCUCCAAUCCGGCCGCCUCUACAUCAAGAUCUCGGCGCUUCACCGCCGCAGCCCGCACAACAUCCACGCCAAGAAGGACAUUGUCACCUUGCUCGCUCGAGUCGCUCCCCGCGCCUUGUUGUGGGGCAGCGACUGGCCCCAUGUCGAUACCUCCCAAACCGACCUCGAGGCGGGUCCGCUGCAAGGCGUGCACGCUGGCGCUGAAUUGGCCGCGGUGCAGAGCUGGCUGUCCGCCCAGCAGCUGCAGGAUAUGCUGGUCAACAAUCCGUGCCGCCUGUUUGGCAACUAG